GGUUUCUCUGACCUUAUUUUCAGCCCUACUACUGUUACGGAUAUUUAAUUUCCUGCAUUUUAAGGCGUUUGUGCGAACACUCCUUUUGUUUGUUUAUUUUUUGUCCGCGCCAAACGAGUCCGAACUCUCUCUGGCACUGUAGCUUGUGAUUGGGGUUGAACGUACGUGCAGUAGGGCUAAGCUAGGCUAAGCUAAAGUAUGCUAUGCUAGGCCCGAAACCGAAUAAAGUGGAAAAAAGCGAGGAUAUCAUUCUCCAGAAACGCGCAACGUUAGCAUGCUAGCUAAACAGCAGCUAAAGCCACCACUGCGCGUGUGAAUGGAGCAGUGUGCGAGUACGGCCUCCCUGCUGGCCUCCGUGCGGGAGCAGGAGAGACAGUUUGAGAUGCUGAGCCGAGCUCUAGAGGAGGAGCGGAGGUCGUGCGCCGGCACCCUGCCCCGCCCGCUCCCCAGCAUACAGAACGGCCGCGUUCCUUGUGAUGCGGACAUAGAAAGGCUGACACUUAACGAGGGCUACGUCAACGGGACACAUCAUUUCAGGAUGGAGCCUGGUUCGAUGGUGCAGGAGACGUACACAGUGGAGGAAGCGCCCCAGGAGUCCACCCCCGUUGUCUCUGUGGAGACCAAUGAUGACGGCACCACACGACGCACAGAAACCACGGUAAAAAAAGUAGUGAAGACCACUACCACUCGCACAGUCAUCCCCUCCGUAUCAGACACACUAUCCUUGGAUGGUGGGGGAUCAGUGACGGGUAUGGGAGCUUACAUCCCGCCCAUGGCAGGGGGCUACAGGCAGGGCCCCGGAGUAGGCGUACCCAUGGAAUACCCCACCCAGACUGUGCCCCGAAACUACCACUACGGACCUCCAGGCGGCUAUGAGGACUAUCGCGCUGGACCCCCUUCUGAAGCCUAUGCGAGCCUCAACAGGGGCGCCCGCAUGGACGAUCACUACAGACCAGUCCAUCCAGACGGUUACAGAACCUUGGAUCCAAGCUACAGAGCCCCCAGCAGGAGCCAGCUGGACCCCUACGCUGCUCAGCCUCAGGUCGGGCGCAUGGGAAGUUCAGUGGAGCUCUCCUCCAUCCCAAGAUUCGUCCCAGAGCCAUACGGUCUGGAGGAUGAUAGCCGCAGCAUGGGUUACGAUGAGCCCGACUACGGCAUGGGGCAUCCAGUACACUACAGCACGGUGCCCCGUAACCACCAUGGCUUCCCCCAAGGGCCGCCACGUAGGACCGGGAGCUACGAGGGCACGCUGGAUGCCAGUAUGAGUGGUCCGGGGGACAUGUACUAUUGGGGGGGCGCUCCUUUGGCACAGGGUGAAAGAGGAAGCAUGGCUUCACUGGACAGCACUCUGAGGAAAGGCCCGGGCCCGGGUGGAUGGCGCCAGCCAGAGUUGCCAGAGGUUAUCGCAAUGCUCAACUACCGCUUGGAUCCAGUCCGCAGCAACGCUGCCGCAUACCUGCAACAUCUUACUUACAAGAAUGACAAAGUUAAGUCGGAGGUUCGUCGUCUGAAAGGCAUCCCAGCGCUGGUCUCUAUGCUGGACAACCCAAACAAAGAGGUUCACUACGCAGCCUGUGGAGCGCUGAAGAACAUUUCCUACGGUAAAGAUCCAGACAACAAAAUUGCCAUCAAGAACUGUGAUGGCGUGCCUGCUCUGAUUAGACUUCUCAGGAAGACGCAUGACCAGGACCUCACCGACAUCAUCACAGGGACACUUUGGAACCUCUCUUCUCACGAUUCUGUCAAAAUGGAGAUUGUGGACCAUGCGUUGCACGCUCUCUCCGAUGAAGUGAUGGUGCCCCGGUCGGGCUGGGAGCGCGGGAGCAACGGUGGCGGGGGGGAGGAAAACUGCAAGCCGAGACACCUGGAGUGGGAGACGGCCCUCACCAACACAGCCGGCUGCCUGAGAAAUGUGAGUUCGGAGCGAAGCGAAGCGCGGCGGAAGCUGAGGGAGUGCACAGGAUUGGUGGAUUCUCUCAUGUACAUCGUCCAGUCCCAGAUUGACUGUAAAGACGUGGACAAUAAGCUGAUAGAGAACAGCGUAUGUCUGCUGAGGAACCUAUCCUACCAAGUCCACCGUGAAAUCCCGGGUUGCGAGCGCUACCAAGAAGCCGCUCCCGUCCACCAGGGUCCAGCCCAGUCCAGCCAGAAGGGGGGCUGUUUCAGCUCCCGAAAGAGCAAAGAUGAAUGGUUUUCCAAAGGAAAGAAAGAUGAGGACGCAGCUGCCGACAUCGUAGACAUCCCAAAGAGGACCACACCUGCUAAAGGCUAUGAGCUGUUGUUCCAGCCGGAGGUGGUCCGUAUCUACACCUCUCUGUUGAAGGAGUCCAAGAACCCCACCGUGUUGGAGGCCUCAGCUGGAGCUGUCCAGAAUCUAUGCGCUGGACGUUGGACAUACGGCAGAUACAUUCGUGCCCUGCUGCGCCAGGAGAAAGGCCUGCCCAUGAUGACUGAGCUACUGGCCCACGGCAACGACAGAGUGGUUCGAGCCAUGUCGGGGGCCCUCCGUAAUCUGGCCAUCGAUGCCCGCAACAGAGACCUACUUGGCAAACACGCAGUGCCCCACCUAGUGGCCAACCUGCCUGGCGGCGGUCAGAGUCAGCCCGUCCGAGCGCUGUCGGAGGCAACGGUGGUGUCGGUGCUGAGCACGCUCCAGGAGGUGCUGGGCUCCAGUCUGGAAGCAGCAAAGACUCUCAGGGCCUCGCAGGGAAUCGAGAGGCUAGUCCUCAUCAACAAGGACGGGAAUCGUUCGGAGAGGGAAGUGCGCGGGGCCGGUCUGGUCCUGCAGACGGUUUGGGGCUACAAGGAGCUGCGGCGCACUUUAGAAAAGGAUGGUUGGAAGAAAACUGACUUCAUGGUCAACCUAAACCCCCCCAGCAACACCACCAGGGCCAACGGGGGCUAUGAGGACAGCACCAUGCCGCUCAUAGACAAAGGAGGCAAAAGUGAUCAGGAGAUGAUUCCAAUGAAUGACAUGGGACCAGAUGCCUACUCCACACUGGACCAGAGGGGGAGAAGGAACACUCUGGACAACACUAUUGAGCCCGAUGACAAAGACGCAGUACAGAAAAACUGAUGGUGUGCAUCAUGAGACGACAGCCUCCUCCAGCCCACUGCCCCUGCUGAACUGACACCCCGCGAUGGGACGCCCCGCCCCUCCCCUCAUGCUUUUGGAGCGUCUCUUUGCUCGUUAUUACAUUCCUCCUUUCGCCGCUGACCAAUGCCCCCCCCCCCUUUGAGAAACUGGAUGAACGACGUGGAUGCGACGACAAGAUUGUGACACUAUGAUGACCACACCCCCGCCGCUAUGAGAAGGCGUCGGUCAGAAACUGUGACUAAAAACCCUUCGCCACGACAACACUAAUGGAGCAGAUACCCUGGAUGUUGCAUUCGGGUGUAAUCGGACACGAGUAAUCCAGGGCUUGUGUCAUUUCUUUCUCCUAAACGGGCGCCGACUACGAGAAAAAUGUUUCGCUUUUUGUGCCAAACGCUGCCGCUACAACUGCCAUGACGGAGUUUCUUCUACUAACCACUUCAAGGACGCCUCGGCUCGCUUGUGGGACAAAGUUUGAUGUCAAACUCCAUCGCUGGGACGCCGGGGCCUGCCGUGCUUUCUAUAGUCAAUCCACAUGUCGGCUACAUGCUGUGUGUGUAUAUCUAUACUGUAUGUGUAUAUAUACUGUGGAUCCCAGCAUAUUUCUGCAUAUAAUCUCCAAAAAGCAUGAUUUGAUAUUUCCAACGCUCCCUUGCUCACGGUGCAACCAAAAACACCGGAAUAGGCGCCCACGCAGGAAGAUACAUGCAAAAGUACUAUUAUACUAUGCGAUACUGAUUCGCAAAGCAUGCUGGCAUGCCUGUGCACGCUUGCCCCACAGCAGGAAGUUGCCCAGCAUGCCUUGCGGGUUGCACAUUAGUAUGAAAUAGUAUUGUAUAUUCGCCUACUGUUGCAUUUUGUCUUCCAAAUUAUGUUUUUUAUGGGCGUGUGGUCGAAGAAACUAGCGAGGGUGUACAGUGUAUAUGUAUACUAUAUACUAUAUACAUAUUUGUACAUGUUUUAGUUCAGACAUUAUAUAGAUAUCAGGCAUUCUACCACAAACAGUUUUUGUUUUCCAUAAGUCCUUAAUGAUCUGAAUGUUGUACUGCAGUACCAGUACGCUGUCGUUGUGGGCCAACUGGAGUGCCUUGCUUACUCAGGACAGGUAUGUCAGAUGUGUCAAUCAAACCUCAGCUGUGAUGUGGAACGCUUUAGUUCGAAUCUGCAAAAUUAAUGUCUGGGAAAAAAAAACAACACACAGCCGCCUUCAUGUCUGCACAACAACACACGGCCAUUUUGUGUCCGGGCUGACGUACUCUAGCGCCACCUAAGAUGUACAUACUUGAUGGGAACCAGCACUAUGUCAUGUUUUCUUUCACUUUGCUUCAGCUUUUUGUCCAUAAUGAACCGAGAAGCGCAGACUGGGGCUGGGAUUGUUUUGUCUAAGGAGGCGUAGGCCGCUGAUUAAAGUCGGAAGGAGAGGAGAAAAAAAUAAAGCACAUUUAAACUAUAUAUACAAGAGAAUAUUUGUUAAUUUUAAUGGCUUUAUGUAAUUUUUUUUAUAUAUUGAUUUGGCGUAAUUGUUUCGGGUGCCGGGGGUGAACGCAUAUGCAAUCAGUUGUGCUGUUAGUGUCUUAAUUAGAAAAAGCUAUUGGAACAUCGAGGUUAAAAAAACACUACACUUUAGUCUCUGCCUUGGCUCUUAAAGUUGCACAUUCUCAUUUAUGAAUGAAUAAUGUAACUAGCAAUACUGUUUUAAUAAAAAGAUGAUUUUUUCUCAGAC